GUCGCGGGUUGGGCCGCACUGGAGUGCGGGCACAACAGAGGAUUUGAAGGAAGAAGUUGGCACUUUGGAGGACCAGAAAGUGACUAAACUAGAAGAGAAGCUGCCUGACCAAAUCCAGUCCCUCAAAGAGGAAGCUAUUGUUCGGGUAACCAAAUACCAUGUACCUCAGGGAGUAGGGGAUAUAGUCAUGAUUCAGUCAGAUCACACUGGUGCUGUGGAUAUCCUUUCAGCUGAGCUGGAGACUGCAGACCUCCUUGGGGAGCAGAGGAAAGCUCAGCCUCCCCCUCUGGCUGCACCCACCAUGUGGACCACUGAGAAGAUGAAGGAAUUCAAAGCCAAGAUAGGAAAGGAGAAGAAUGGCCGGAUGGUGGUGAAGCGAGGCGAGGUGGUGACAGUCCGUGUGCCAACCCAUCCUGAUGGGAAAUGCAUUUGUUGGGAGUUUGCUACAGAUGACUACGACAUUGGGUUUGGAGUCUAUUUUGACUGGACCACAGUUACUAGCACUGCCAUUACUGUUCAGGUCAGCGAAUCCAGUGAUGAGGAGGAUGAAGAGGAGGAGGAGGAAAUUGAUGGACUCUCCCCUGUUGGUGAUGUGGAAAGGGGCUGCAAAAGCUAUCUGCGGAACCGCUACGGGGAGAUCAUGCCUGUGUACCGGAGGAACAGCCACCGGGAGGUGCAGGCAGGCAGCCACGAGUACCCGGGCGAGGGCAUCUACCUGCUCAAGUUUGACAACUCCUACUCUCUCCUCCGCAAUAAGACUCUGUUCUUUCACGUCUAUUACACUAGCUGAAGAAAAGGGAAGAGGCAGGGAUGGCAGGCAGGUAGUGGUGAGUGUAGCAGGCUGCCACCCGGCCCUGGUACCGCCUGAUGGGCACUGCUGUGUGACAGAACCGAGGCACAAUUCUGCCGGCUCU